CUCAACGACUCGCAGCGCGCCGCCGUCGACGCGGCGCUCACGCGGCGGCUCACGCUGGUGCAGGGCCCGCCGGGGACAGGCAAGACGACGGUCGCGGUGCAGAUCCUCACGCUGUGGGUGCGCGCGCUCGGCGUCAAGCCCGUCCUCGCCACCGCCGACUCGAACGUCGCG